CACCGCGACCCACAAGAUUUAAUUUCGCAUAAAUACAAACAAAAAAUCUGUUAAUGUUUGCGUUUGCAUACGUGGUCGUUAUUAACAAUUAGUUUAAUUGUAACCGUGUUCGAAAAUCAAAUAGGGUAACUGGUGUUUCACUUUAAAAAUAUAUUCUUUGAAUAAAAGCAUGCCGGGUAUUUGUUGUGACGUUUUCGUAAAUGUUUGGAUUGUCUGAUCGAACACAGACUUGUGGAUUUAAAAUAAAUCGAUUAUUUUCCUCUUAAAACAGACUCUAGUUAGUUUGUUGUAUAGUUACAAAGCUGAAAAGAUUUAUAUCGGACAUAAAAGACCGCCGUUUGUUUAACUGGCUAUAAAAAUAUGAUCACUUUUGUUCGUUGCUGCGUUUAUUUGGUGAUUCUUUUUGGCCAAGCGACUGCCAUCGAAACCAGUGCUAUUUACGAUGACAGCAAUUAUUCGCCGGACACCUCACCGGAAAAAGAAUCUUUAAGAUAUAAAUUUGGGUCAGAUGUUGUUAUGAAAUGUAAUCAUCACCACAUUUUCACAAAAGAAGAAGAUAUCGCAUGGGAAUUUAAGCACUGUAUUUACAAAGGGGUGCACUGCGUGGGCAGCGAAUGGAAGAAACUGGACUACAACAGGCGUAAGAAAAAACUGAAAAUAAACAACGCGACUGAAGAAAACGUCGGUAUUUACAGAUGUAUGCACAACGAUUCAGUCCUAAAACAGUUCACGUUGGACGUUGUAACAACGCGUUACAUUGGGCCUCCACCUGAAGUCCUUUCAUUAAUGCCAUCAGACUCUGCAGUUUUGCCAAAUACCCCUUUAGCAAUUCAAUGCAAGGUUUCCAGUGUGUCACCUCCGGUAAUUCGGUGGUUCAAGGAGGGUAGUGACCAGAUUUGUGAAGUGAAAUAUGACGACCAUUUUUAUUGUCCUAUACCGUCCUCGAAUGAUGUGUUUCAUAUAAGUGGCGACAAGUAUCUUAGCAAAUUGAACAUUCAUAAUUUGCAUAGUAUUAACAGCGGGACUUAUGUUUGUUUAGUGUUGUCCGAGUUUGGCAAUGAUUUUAAAAAUAUUACUAUUGAAGUUGAAGGGAGUGAAGUCGUCGAAGAAACACGGAUAGUGUUUUGGUGGCUGUUUUUGAUUCCUAUUUCUUUAAUUCUUGUACCUGUGGGAAUUUGGUUGUGUUUUUAUAGGAGGAAAUCGAAUCGUCGUCAUCGUUUGAAUGAGCAACAAACGAAACUGAUUAAACCGGUUGUUAACGUCGAGGUUGUUUGACGCGAUUAUCUCGUUGAUGAUUUGUGAUAUUUUGUUCUUGUAACUUAUUAAAAAUAAAAGUUUGUUUUAAAAUUUUGCGGUUUUAUGCGGUUGGUACGAAAGUUGCCGGC